AUGGAGAAUGCGGCAGACAAGGCACAAGGGGAGUCGGUUGAUCAUGGAGCAGAUACCCAACUCCAUCGCACCCUGGGCACCCGUCAUUUGACUAUGGUUGCCCUCGGGUCAGCAAUUGGUAUGGGGAUGUGGCUAGGAAGUGGCACGUCCUUGACCAACGGGGGCCCCGCCAGUCUUUUCAUUGGAUUCCUUAUAAGCAGCUCAAUUAUCUGGUCUGUCUGUCAGUCUAUUGGUGAAAUGGCGGUUAUAUAUCCUCUUCCUUCGGCAUUUGUGCAAUGGGCUACAAUCUUCAUCAGCCCAGCUGCUGGUUUCGCUCUAGGGUGGGGAUAUUGGUUUUCCUACUGGAUCACAAUUGCGAAUGAACUUCAGGGCGUUGUAACUGUUCUCAACUAUUGGACAGACGAGGUGCCAAAGGCCGUCUGGAUAUCCAUUUUUUGGGUUGUUAUCAUCCUGAUCAACAUCUUGGCUGUGAGAUUCUUCGCAGAGGUGGAGGUAGUUGCAUCAACCAUCAAAUUUGGCUGGAUGUUCGUUUGUAUCAUUGCAUUAAUUGUCGUUACUGCUGGAGGCUCGCCCCAGGGAGGCCCGGUUGGAUUUCGUUAUUGGAAUGCGCAGCCUGUUAACAACGGGUUCAAGGGCUUUAUCAGCGUCAUUCCGACCAGUAUAUUUGCAAUGGCUGGCUCAGAGAAUGCUGCGUUGGUGGCUACUGAAGUUGCUAACCCGCGGAAAUCGGUACCGAAAGCUAUCAAAUCCGUCUGGUUCCGUCUCGGCCUUUUCUAUAUCCUUGGAAGCCUUAUGAUUACGUUAACUGUGGACCCGAAUGAUCCUAGUUUAUUCGGUGGAUCCGGGAGUAACGCCUCGCCGUUCGUUAUUGCUUUCAAAAAUGCCGGGAUACCGAUACUAGCCCAUAUCACGAAUGCUGUGAUUUUUAUUUCCGUAAUAUCCACUGGUAGUAUAUCGGGGUAUGGUGGCUCUCGAAUCCUGAUGGGGCUGGCACACGUCAAUAUGAAUCACAAGGAUGGUCUCCAGGUAUUCGGUAAAGCAGACAGUGUAGGUCGGCCAUGGGCUGGCUAUAUUGCCACCAUCGGGAUUGGAGGUGCUCUCGCCUACCUCAACGUGACACAUACUGGAGCACAAGUUUUUACAUGGCUUUCCAAUCUAGUCUCCCUGCUUACACUAUUUGGAUGGUCUAUGAUAUGUCUUUCCCACCUACGGUUUAGAUAUACCUGGACGUUACAAGGCCGUAACGAGGCGCACCUUCCGUGGAGAUCGUGGGCUUACCCGUAUGCCGCAUGGUGGGGCUUAAUUUGGUGUCUUGUUGUCUUUGGGAUUCAGUUUUACUUGAGCAUUUGGCCGCUUCACGAGAAGACGUCUGCGAAGAAUUUCUUCGCUAAUUACAUUAGUGUAAUUGCUGUUGCUAUCAUCUGGGUUUGUGCUCAGGUUUGGUAUCGCUGUCCACUUUGGGCUGAUGCGCGCAAUAUUGACUUGGAUAUGUGUCGGCGCUUCUAUGCUGAUCCUGUGGAUGAGGAGUCUAUCGCAGUGACCACGUCUUUGACGAGGAAACUGCGUGUUAUUUGCAAGUAG